AGAAAAUGUUGUUCGCACCAUGGUUUCGAUUCAUCACGCAGAAGCGAAUUCCAUCCACUAUGAUCCAUCACAGAAACUACAGUGAUCAGACAAAAUUGCAGGAAGAUCUGAGAAAGGUUCUCAAUGAGGAGGAGGAACGUUUGAUCAAGGUUCGCAAGGAGGAGCAGUUACAGGAACAGCCAAGCGUGCUUCGUCAGUUGGCUGAGGGAUUGGCAUGGAAUCGUCAGCUGGAUGAGGUUGCUCGUGAGUAUUCCUAUGAAAACAUGAAGACGAUCCAUGGAGGGAUUGCAAUGACAAUUAAAAAAGCAUGUUUGUUCCCAUAUAGCGAUCCCGAGGUGACAUUCUAUAAUGGACCAACUUUUUCCAUGCAGUUUCGAAAAACAAUGGCAACAGGGAUAAAGAGUGGCAUCCUGCAUCCAAACCACCCAAUCCUCGAGUAUCUGCUGGAUUAUGAGAAAAGGGGACCUCAGGACAAGCGUAAAGGAGAAAGCAAACUGGUGAAGAAUUUCAAAGGAAAUAUGACAGUUAUAAUUGCAAACCGCAUCAGGCCAGUGGCACCUGUUAAAAAGGAUUGGUAA